UCGUUCAUUCACCGCUGUUGUUUUCGUGGUGUUUUAUGAUAAUAAUAAAUAAAUGUACGAUUAUUGCGAAAUAAUAAUCAAUUUAUCGCGAUGAAUAUCAGUAUUUUUAACUAGUGCAAUAAUAACAUUGAAGUCAAAGACGGACUCUUAAUUUGAGCACAUUUAGCAUAGCUAACUUAGUGCAAUCUACCUGCAUCGUCGGUCAUAUUUUCGUAAAUAAUUAUUGUGGCUGGUCGUAUCUUUUUGAUUUUAAAUGGACCUUUAUGUUGCUUAUAUAUUGUGAUGCGUAAAAUGUACGUUUGCUUGUGAUUCUGUAUUUCUCCUUCAGAAUUUUUGGAUUAUUAUUGAUCUAAUGACUUGAUGUGCGCGUCAAAAUGACGUCGUUCGCAAAUAUGACGCAGUCGCUCGCCGCGAGUUUGCCGGCUACCUCUAGUUCUGCGACCGGUGCAAACCCCGCCGACCAAGAGGACCCCAUGGCGAUGUCGCAUCUCCUCUGCAACCUCUUUGAUACCAUCAACAAGCCACCAAACCUCCAGCCGACCGCAUCCACUACCGCGACGUCUACCAUACCCUACGAUAUCUGGGCUCUUCCAUCGUGUAGUUCGUUACAGAACGCUACUGCACCUAACAUGCGUGAGUACAAUACCGUUUCCAAUAAUAACCACCAAAAUCAUUCUAAAGAAGAUAAUUCUAGCGGGUCUCCCGGCACGUCAUCAUCAGUCUCGAUAACAUGUUUCCGCUGCGAAGAACGCACUCCAACCACACGAUGCCUUGAAUGUAACGACCUUUUCUGCCAUGAAUGCUGUCACAAAGUAACUUCUGACUGCCAACUAAGGGAGCACACUCUGCUACCCAUUCACCAAAUAUCACCCAUUGGUGCUCGACCGAACUCGGUCACGAAUGAUAAAGAAGUAAUGUAUUGUGAGCUCCACGGAGAUCCUGUUAGAUAUUAUUGCGAGGCCUGUAUCAUUUUUAUAUGCCAAGAGUGUACUUUAUGGGUACAUAAAGAUCAUUGCUAUUCACCUAUAAAAGGUGCACUUGAUGUGUGUAGAAUUGGAGUUUUUAGAGCGAUAGAAGAUACAAAAACUGGAACGAAGGCUAUCAAAACUGCCAUAGAUCGUGCAGUAGCAAUGUCGAAAGCCUAUGAAAAAGAAACUGCAGAAGCUAAUAUGAAAAUUCGCAAAGCUAUGCGUUGCUUCGCGCAGGCAAUUGAAGACCGCGAAAAGUAUUUGUUAGAUAAGGUAGAAAAAAUGCGUCAAGCUAAGAUGAAUGAGUUAACAGACCACAUGAAUACACUUCGCGGUAUUCUCGCUGGUUUAGCACACACCAAUGAAACUCUAGUGCGCAGCAUGGAUUCUGAGGGUAUUGAUUUGUUUAUGGCCAAAGAAAAAGGAAGAGCACAAGUUGAUUACUUUUCUUGUAUGUUUAAAAAUAUGUAUGUCACGGAAGAGCGCAUUAUGUUUAUACCACCAAAUUAUGAUUUAGUAGACCAAAUAAAAAGGCAAUGUGAUGUUCAAUCUGCUCCUGCAAAUUCAUUGCAUUCUUUAAGCUCGUCCUCUUCACUGCAGUCGCGACAGUCGCUACUCCAUUCAUUACAAUCAGCUCAAACGUUUACUCCUUUAUCUUAUCAGAUGCCAGCUACUAAUAGCCUACGAUCGUUACCCGAUUACACCAAUAGUCAUACAAGAUCAACUAAUUAUUAUGAUCACAGUAUCUCUACUAGUAUAGCUAUGGACUCUAACUCAGCACGCGGCAUUGGACAAGCUAUACCUGGAUACUGGAUGUCGGUUUCUGUGAAGCCCACUCGAAGUCCAGUAUCUGGAGUUCCAAUGUUUUCUUUUGGGAGAGAAGGUCAAGAUGAAGGUCAAGUAUCCAGGCCCUGGGGCUUAUGUGUAGAUAGAGAAGGAAAUAUAAUAGUUGCAGAUAGAAGAAAUAACCGCAUACAGAUAUUCAAUAGUCGUGGCGAGUUUAGAACAAUGUUUGGAUCUAAAGGAACUGGCCCUGGCGAAUUCGACCUUCCGGCUGGUAUAACGACAGACACAUAUGGGCGUAUAAUAGUCAUCGAUAAAGAUAAUCACAGAGUUCAGAUAUUUACGUCUUCAGGUAACUUUAUCCUAAAGUUUGGUUCCUUCGGCAAAGAAUGUGGUCAAUUCCAAUACCCAUGGGAUGUCGCUGUUAAUACAUUAGGUAAUAUUGUAGUGACCGAUACCCGUAAUCAUCGCAUUCAACUAUUUACCAGUGAUGGUACAUAUAUAACCAAAUUUGUUUUCGAAGGAGCUAAUCCUGCCAAAAUGUUGAAAGGUCCAACUACUCCGAGAGGUGUGUGUUUCACAACAUCAGGAAAUAUCAUAGUAUCUGAUUUUGAAAAUCAUCGUUUGUUAAUGGUAGACCCAACAUUAUCGAAAGUUCUUCAUUGUGUAGGUAGAGAAGGUUCGGGUAUCGGUGAACUGAAUCGCCCAUCUGGAAUCGUAACAGAUGAUGAUGGUCGCAUCAUUGUAGCCGAUUCGAAGAAUCAUCGUGUACUUGUUUUUACAUCAGAGUUGCGUAUUUUAUGGGCUGUGGAUUUAAAAAGCCCUGGGCUAGACGAUAAAGAUCGUCCAAGCGACGUAGCUCUCACUCCAGAGGGGUUUCUUGUUGUAUUGUUCGAGACCUUGCCUGACACCGCCCGCGAUAUUACAUCCCACGGCAAGCAAUACAUCAAAGUAUAUUAAUUAUUGGGAAAACCUGAGUGGAACUAACGAUAUAGACCUCAGGUCUAUUAACUUUAUUUUUGUUUUGUUUAAUUUGUGAUUACUUUCAUAAUGUGCCAAUUUUAUUAUUAAUGUUUGGGAAAUCAGAAACGAGCUUAGCUUGUGGGGAGAAUUUUUGUUUUUUCAUAAUAAUAUGUUACGAGCAAAUAAUUUUACCUUAAAUUCUUAAAAAACUUUCGUUACCAUAUAUUUUUGAUUUCAGUUCUGCAUGGGACUAGUCUUUAGAGACCAAACUUUGUUUGCAAUUUUUAAUCACGCGACAGUUUCGACCGGUUCUCGUCAAAGUAUUUUAUGAUUAUAGGUUUUAUAUUUUAAAUUUUUUAUACAUAAAGAUAUCCACAGUUAUCCUAAUUUUGACUGACAUAAAAUUUAUGCAUUGCAUAAUCAAAGAAUAUAAAGCUUCUAUUAUAGAUAAAAGAUCACAUUGUGAUUUAAAAGAUGUUUUUAUGUGAGAUAAUUUAAAAUUAACUUGAAAAGUAUUUUUUUUUCCAAAAUGUUACUUUUGCUUUUUUUUAACUUGGUUAAAUAAUUAAUGCACACGUUAAUACGUAUUUUAUAUUAAGUUAUUUUGCAUAUUAAUUUAGGUACUGUAUAUUAUAUUUUAAUAAUGGCGGCGAAUCUACCCCAUGAUUUUAGAUGGAUUAAUUGCGUUUGUAGAUCUUUGCUCCGUUUAGAUUAUUUUUUUAUUUUGUAUGAGGUUGAUAAGUGGGAAUGUAAUAAGAUAACUGAACUAAGAAAUUAUUGCAAUAAAACUUGGAGACUGACUUUAGAAGACUGUCUGAAAGACGUGGUUCCGAAGCGGGCGGGCAGGUGUUACGGAUCGACGCGUUAUGUUAAUGCAAUUCUUUAUUACCAAAACAUAGGUAUUAUUAUAUUAUUAUUUUUUAUGAUGACUUUAUUGGCAAUAUAAUGAAAUCAAAAUAUUUUUUGUCGCAUCAAAUUUGUUUGCGUGAUUUUAUUUAGUUGUGCAUUUAGUUAGUUUUCUUUUGUUAUUGAUUUGUAGACGAACUCGACAGCUUUUAAAUAAAUUGACUUAUUUUCCCAUAAAGAUAAUAAUGUGAACUGCUUAUGGUAUUCCUGGAUAUAUAGUGCUAUAGUCGAUAAAUAAAGUAAUCACUAGCUAAUUGUAAGAUCUUAUACCAUAGUAACUUCUACUUAUGUAAAUUUUAAGUAAUAUAAGUCACGUUGACGCACUCGUUGUUUAAAUUAGCUAAUUUAUAGAUAUUCUUCUACAAAAUGAUUGAUUUUCAAUUAGCGAAUAACGUGUUUGUAUACUGUCAAAAUUUUUGUUAGUCCAAAUAUUUUUAGCGAAAUUGUUUCUUCAAAAUUAACGUAUAUAGUCUAUUUUUGAAACCUAUCGGCGUGUGAGUCGUUCGUAUUAGAUUUAAUACACUGUGUUCAGUCAAUAUGUGUUCAAUAAUUUUAAUAUAGGUUUAGACUAAUGUGUUCGGAUCGAGCGGUUCGGGUAGCCUCUUAUUGUCUAGUUUAAUAUCGUGAUGUAGUUUUUACUCACGUUGCAGUCUUGCUUACGAUCUAUGGUAUAUAUGUAGUUAGCAUUCACGAACCGUCAUAUGUUGUACACAAGCAGUUAUAUAUAGUAUACGCAUUACGCACCAUUACUCAGAUAUCAUAAAAGUUUCACUAACAAAGAAUAUAUAAACUUACGGUCCCAUGAGAUGUCCUCGAGGGAUGCUUUAAUAAAAAAUCGAUAUUAAUAAAUUAGUAUAAGUAUAAGGCACAAUUAUCUCGUGACUAUUAGGAUUUACCAUGUUCGUUCUUUUUUUUAAAUUACCAAAGUUUUAACUUGUAUAUCAAUGAUAAGCUCGCUCUCAACAGAUAUAAUCUUCGAUCAAGUAACUGCUUCAAACAUGUAAUCAAAUAUUAUAUUCAAUUAGUCGUCUUCAACAUAUGACAAUCUUGGUUUACCGUAUACACGACAUUUAUGCACAUAGCAUGUACAUUAUGCCACGAAAGCAAUGUUAUUCCAAUAAAGCAUAAUUGACGAUUAGUAUAAAAUACCGAUAGAUUAACAUUUCAAACAUAUUGUACUUAGGUUUAGACUAGUGUUAGUUACUGAAAAAACUAUCUCCUUUAUUGUAAGUGAUAUUAUUUAGAUUUAAAUCGUGUCACUUCAAACAAAAAUUUUCUAUUAUAAUUGAAGUUAGUGUAGUGAAAUGAACUGAUUUUAUACGACUGCAGAUAUAGUCUGAGUUAAAUUAAUAAAAUAGUUAUCAGCUAAUAUAGGAAAAUUAUUGUUUGAAGUUUAGUGUAAGUUUGACUGGAUUAAUUUAUCGUGCGAUUAUUUGCUUGGCGCUGUAAUUCCGUAGAAUUUGAUUGUUUCUCGAUAAU